AUGCUAAAAACAGGCAUUCUGCAGAAAGAAUCCCUGGAAAAUGGAGAGAUGGCAUUGACUUUGGCACAACUCGAUGCCUUGGAAAUUUGCCUGAAGGAGGCAGAAGAGAAGGCUAAAGCCUUAUCCGAGCAGCUUGCAGCUUCUGAAGGAACAAGAUCAAAACUGCUUGAGCAAGUUUCCCAGCUGGAGGAAAAACUAGAGGCUGCUGACCAUAAAGAAGGCAGUGGGGAACCAUAUGAAGAAAUUGUUCUUGCCAAAAACCAGUGCAUUGAGAAAUUACAAGCUGAAGUGAAAGCAUCCCAGGAACAGCUUAUAGCCCACAAACUAAAGCACAAAAGGAAAGUGAAAAAGCUACAAACUGAUUUGGCAACAGCUAAGCAAGAAGCUGCCAUCACAGUCCUGGAGCUCAAUGAGAAGAUAAAGGCUCUAUGUGAAGGAAAGCCAGCCCCUAGAGAAGACAACUCACCGGAAGAGUCCUGUGGAGGUCUCCCACCUGUGGAAGAAGAUGAUAGAAAAAUUAAUCUGAUUAUGGAGUUGUCAGCUCAGGUUUCCCUUCAGACCGAGAAGAUCUCCCAGCUGGAAGAAGUUUUAGAGGAAAAGGAAAGGAAGAUCCAGCAACUGGAAGCUGAGCAGGGAACCUUUCCUUGCCAAGAGGCCCAGGACCCUCCAGAAGGGUUACAAGAAACCCCAAUUAUCUUUAAUGAUAACAUGACUUCUGUGGUCUCUGAUGAGGGUGUGUAAAGACUCAGUAAGAAAACAAUAAAGAUUUAUUAUAUGCCGUCAAGGUAAAGUCCAGAACCCAAGUUGUCUCCUCACCAGCCAAACUCAAGUUCAAGUUCAUGGGUUUGAAUGUAUCCUGUAUUGUUCAUAUUAGAAGGAAACAAAACAAAGUGUUCAGACGCAAACACUGAACAUUUCCCCUUUAGACAGCAGUAGCCACAUAACCCACACAGCUGUCGUAUGUAGAAUACUAUGUUUUUAGGCUUUCUGAUAACAGUGGGGCAUGGAGAAACACAAAGUUAGACACAUGAUGAAAGAUUCUCUUGCUAGAAGUUUGUCGCACUGCAAAGGGGGAGAGGAGUAGUACAGAUCCCAUUUUAGUAUGCAGCUCUAUUGUGAACAAAUUGCUGUCCAGGAGGGCGAGCUUCAUAUUAGGGACUAUUAGAGUAUUGAAGCGCAUUGAAGAUGAGAAUCAUUGGCAACAGAAAACAUAGCCAUGAAGCCUGUCCUUUUAUGUUCUCUGGGGUUUAUUUCUUUAUGUCAUGUAUUUCAUUAACAUUUAGCAAGGGUGGGAAUGAAAUAAAACCAAAUAAUAAAUAAAACCAAAGCAAUUGAAGAAAAAAAAAUCAAGAGCUGCGGUCCUUUGGGAAAAGUGUCCUGGGACAGCAUCUCCCUGGGAAAACACAUAGCAUUGAUGUUUCCCUUAGCAGCAAGGCUAAACCAAAGCAAAUAUAUUCUUCUGUUAUGAUUGUAUCAAGGAGCUUUGAACAGCACAAAAUAAUGGUAGAAGAAAAUGGAGGAUGGGCAAGGAAAAUCUAUCCUGUAAGUAAUGGAGUAGAAGGAAUAUCAUAUUCCUCUCCUAUCACCUCCCUCAAAUGUACUAUUUCCCACACAGAGUAUCUAAGCACAGACUUUGAGGAAGCAGUUGGUACUUAGUUCUUGCUGCCCUGGUAGAGCACGAUCUAGGCAAACAACAAUUCUUUGUGUUUGACUAUAUCUCUACUUCUCGAUUUAAUUCAACCUGUUCAGCAAAUAGUCAGUGAAACUCUUCUAGAAUAAGCAUUAGGACUAUCAUAGCAAACAUGAGAAUCACAUCUUCCAUCAUACAGGAGUUCAUAAAAAAUUCAUAAUUUUUUAAGUAUCCAUGGCUUAUGAAGAGAAAAAAAAGGAGACUGUUACUGGCCUAUUUAAAUGUAAUGGUGAUUAUAGUGAGAGAUGGGAAAUGGAAGAGAGAAAGUGGAUGAGCAUGGGGUAAACUUGAUUACGGCUUUAGCAGAUGUUCUCAAAUUUACUGAGCAUGUGUGAUCAGGAAGAAUGCAUAUCCCUGGUCUCUGAUGUAGGGCUCAGGAAUAUGCAUUUUAACAAACACAUGUGGUAUUCCUGAUGAACAUAUUCCAGGAACUAUGAUUUGAGAUGACAUUGGUUUAGGGAUGGCUUCAACCCAGAGCUGUCAAACUUUUGCUCCCAGGAUAAUGGCCAAGCCCAGAAAGAGAAUUACUUCUUACAAACCAAGGGGAGGUAUCCUUUGCAGAAUUUAACUAGCGCAUAGUCUGAUUAUGGAUCCUCACCAUGUACAAAAUGGAGUUUCCAAAGCCUGAUUUAGAAAAGAAAAGGAAGUAAUUUUGGACUCACACAUGAUAGCUUUGUGAUAUUGAAUCCAGAGCUUCACUAGAAAGAAAACAUGGACCUUACUGUAGUUUCUGUAGUCAAAGCUAGAACUUUCUCAUAUUUAUAUACAACCUCAGAGUUUCACCUGCGAUUUCUGCAUGUAUGCACAGUUGUGGUCCAUUAUCGGAAAUGAAACCAACUUACAUGCUGAUCAUGAGUACACAUCUAGCCCAGAAAGUGGUUCAAGGCAGUUAUUUGCCUUUUCCAUGAAGUCUCCUUCAGCCCCUUACAGCGUCCACUUCAGAAAUCCUUUCCCUCUCUGGAUCCUUCCUCUUCUCUCCUCCCCAGGCCCAUGAUCUCUUUGGUCUUUUCUAUUCCCUGCCCCUGCAAGGGAGCCCUGGUAGCGUGGUGGUUAAGAGUUCAGCUGCUAACCAAAAGGUUGGCAGUUUGAAUCAACCAGCUGCUCCUUGGAAACCCUGUGGGGCAGUUCUACUCUGUUCUGUAGGGUUGAUGUGAGUUGGAAUUGACUUGACAGCAAUGGGUUUGCUUUUUUGGUAUGCCCCUGCAAGGUGUCCCAGCUCCAGGCUUGAAGUUCUGAACGUUGCUCCUGGCACCAUGGUGGAGCUGGGGGUUGACAAGUUCUUACUGAGUGUUUCAAAUAAUACCAUCUCCAAAUUAUCCUUGCCACAAUUUUGAUGUAUUAGUAUGCGAAACAAGUCUCCAUCUCUUUAUUUCACCAAAAAUUGUCUAAAUCCCAUGGAAUGCCUAGGGUGAGGUAGAUGGAGAAUAGGUGGGGAGAGAAACAGAGAGAAAAUCCCAUCAUAUCCAAAUAGGGGAAUGUUAACUUCUAGAUCAAUUUCCCCUAGCUAAUGCCCUGGCUGCCUUCAGCAUGAAAGUAGCCUUAGAGUGGAGAUAAAAUAACAAGUAGAGUUGGGGCUGCUAUUCAUGAUUAACUGAGCUUGUCACCUCUAAAUAUUCAAGGACCAGCCACUGCAGAAGAAAGCAUCAAGAUUCGUAUCACACUGCAAAACUGUCUUUACAAGAAUCAGAACUUGACUUGGGUCUACAUUACCUCCAAAUCAGAAGUGGGGAGGAAAUUUGACUCAAAGGUAGAUGGACUAAUCUCUGAUAGUGGCAUUUUAGUACCAAGAAUUUUUUAAAUAUCCAGGGCUUAUGAGAAGGAAAAAAGGAGAGUGUUAUUGGCCUCUGUGGGAUUUCUAAGUGGAAAAAUUCACACUCCCAGCUAAACAUUCACGCCAUUAUGUGCCCCCAAAGUUUAUUUUCAUUUUGUGCCAUUUCUCCAGGGAAGCGAAUAGUAAACUUCUAAUUGUGCUAAACACCUAGUUUAGACAAAUCGGACUAUAGUACACACUGUAAGCCAAAAUCUCAUUUUCUUAGGAAGAAGUUGCUGAAGGAAUUCAAUGAUCUUUACAAUAUCUGAUGUAAAUAUCACAAGGCAAUUAACAUGCAGAUGACCCUAUUUCUUAAUAAUUAUCAAGUCAUCAGGUAACACAUCUAAUUCAAACAUAACUGGAAAUUCAGGAAAUUAAAUAAAUAUUUAACAGGUAACUCAAGACAUUUUCUCUAAUAUCCUAAAAAAAAAAAAAGUUUACACAAAUAUAUACAUAGCUAUACAUAGUUUUAAUUCUCUUUUAGGCAAGUCACUAACUUUUUUCUGAAAGUUAAAUUGAAUAUGUGAUAUGCCUUACCAAUUUAAAUCAAUGUUGGAUUUAACGAGUUAAUUUUAUUGUUUUGCCAAUGUGUUUCCAAAUGCCUUCAUGGCAAGUGAAAUCAUAAAUACUGACUAGCCUAAGAAUUUAGGAGAAGGCAGGUCAUUGGAGCAAUGUGAAGGGGGUACCUUAGGAUUCAAUGAAAUUCAACAAAGGCAAAGAAACUAUCUUUUUCUGCUUAAACAACAUGCAUUUCUGGAAAAGAAUGAAUCCAAUCAAGUUUUAAUCAUCUCUUACACACCUCUCUGCUUAUCGCAAAUGCAGGCCAUUUUCUUCCAUAUUACGCUGAAGUAAAGAAUUUUUGUUUUAAUGCAACAAAUAGAGAACUGUUGAUGAAUGUUGCAGGCCUAAGUCAAAAUAACAUUUAUUUGGCAAUUAUCAAGUACAGGGGCUGCAGGAAAAAAAAAACUACUUAUAAAAGAUGUAAGAAAAUGUUUUUCAAAGACUUGGAAAAUCAAACAUCUAAGCUUCAAAAAGUCUGAGUCUCAUAAUUUGAAAAAAAAAUUAGGCUAAAGCAACAAAAAAGAUAAAUUAUAAAGACUAAAUAUAUUUUAUAAUUUUCUCUGCUAUUACAUAUAAUCUUUUAUUAAGAUUUCCUAGAUAUAAGAGAGUUAUUUUGCUAAUAGAGAAGAGUCGAGUUCAAGUCAGAAAUAACCUUUUCAAAAUAAAAGUACAUAAAUAGGACACUAGGACAAAGUUCACAGCACAAAAUAGGACUGACCAUGAGAAUUCCCACACUUAACGAAAGCAGGACUCUUAAGGUAAAACAAACCAAAACACUGUUCUUAUUCCCAGCUUCUCAGGGAAAUCAUUUCCAAUGUCAGAUAUUCAAUAAAUUCCCAGUAAUAUAAACCUAUGGCAGAAUGACAUUUAAUUCUCUGAUCAUUUCCAUUAAUAGGGUUUAUAUUUGUGUUUUGUUUGUUUGUUUAACAAAGAAUGACCCUUAGUGCUUGAUUCUAAUAAUAAUCAAUCUUUCAGUUUUUGGAAAAUCACAUGAUAGUAACUAACUCAUGAAUCCACUAACUUAAGUGACUCGAGUAAGUUUCACCAAGAGCUUACCAACUGAUGUCAUGUUUUUCGUGGAAUGAUAAUAUCAUAGGCAAUGGAGGGCAGCAGGAUGGGAGGGAAAGAACUAGCUCAGCACCAACUCUUUGUCAUAUGGGAUGGAAGCAAUGUUAACUCUGAGUUUCAGUUAAAAGAAAAAGGUGAUUAUAUAAUCCUUGGCCUUGUAAUAAAAAGGUGUACCUCACUGCCUAGCUCCUGUUUGAAUGAAGUUAUUAUCGUGAUGGUGAAAGAACUACAAACAGCUACAGCCGACACCUGAUUGUAUUGUUAGGGACCUGCACUUACCAGCCAUGGGCUUAUAUGAUUAUACCUGAUAUUUACAUAGUAAUGCACAGUUAUUUAAAACUUUUUUCAAAUAUAUUAUCAUAUUUAAUAUCAUGAAGUAGACCUUAGUUUCGAUAAGCUUACAGCUAGGAAAUAUCGGUGCCAGGACCAGAACCACAGCCUGUGGCCCCAGUCCAGUAUGCGUUAUAUAACACAGGCCACCUAGGUGCAGUUACGCAACAGAGAGAUUCAUCAUCAAUACUUUUUUUCUCAAGUCCGUCUCCAUCCCCAUUUAUAGGAAACAAUUUUUCAUAGAUAUGUUCUUUCUCAAGCUUAUUCUACAACAGGGGACAAAAAACAGCUAACCCACUUCUUGGUUUGGCCCGAACAGUGUCUUUGUUUUUGUUUAUCGUGUUUUACUUUGUUUUAAAGCGAAUGCUUUUAUGAAGGAGUGGGGGAGAAGGGGUUAAGGGACAAUUUGCCCAGGGCCCUACCAUUUCCUAUUAUAUCUGGCUACUUGAUAUAUUUAUCUUACCUGCUGGGCCCUUGUAAGUAAGUGGGUUUGUAACCCCUACUUGGAAUUCUUGCUGUUAGGUGCUGUCCAGUCGAUUCCAACUCACAGUGAGGCCGUGUACAACAGAAGGGAACACUGCACGGUCCUGCACCAUCCUCACAAUCAUUGCUAUGUUUGAGCCCAUUGUUGCAGCCGCAGUGUCAAUCCAUCUCGUU